UGCUGGGACUUGGAGGGGCAGCCCAGCAGGGUGUGUGUGAAAGGCUGGAAGAAGAGUUCCCAUGGACAGCGGGGCCAUGUGCAAGCCCUGGGGAAUCGCCGUGACCCUGGGUCGCCCCCAAGAGCCGUGAGGACUGUGGAGAGAAGAGGCUCAUCAGCUGCUGGACAAAUCCUCAGGGCCAAUGGAGCCCCUUUAGGAUAGAUGCAUCCACAGGCUGAGAGCCAGCAGGAAGAGAACAAAGGCCUGGGAUGGAGCGGGGCUCUCCACAGCGCACCCCAUCUCUCCCCGCUCACUUAGCAACUUACUGGAUAGAAGAGCUGAGGGGUCUGAAGUAUACGCAUCGAGUACAGCACAGCACUCACACUGGUUGCUGUCAUCCUGUUGCCAGAGAAGGCACUGUCCCCACAAGCAGCACAGCACUCUGCAGCUCGAUCGUUUCCAGCUCUGGAGAGAUCUCCCUGGCUCACAAAAUCUCCUCAGUGGGGUCAGGACUGACUGUCUCCAAAAGACCCAGGGCUGCUUCCUUGACCCCAUAGUGGCAGCUCCAACAGCAGCAUCUGGCUGGGUUUGAAUAGCAGCCACUGGGCUCCGGACUUUCCUAGGGACUGGGCUGAAACCGAGGGGUUCUGGUGAUCAACACUGGGGUGCAGUAUCAUGUCUGCCAACAAAGGCUGGUGGGAGCCCUCUGAGGGUGAGGACAGUGUUUCUGGGAAGUUCCUGAGGAAGACCAGGGAGUCUCCGCUGGUGCCUAUAGGCUUGGGAGCCUGCUUGGUGGUGGCAGCGUACCGGAUUUACCGGCUGAAGGCUCGGGGUUCCACCAAAAUGUCCAUACAUCUCAUUCACACCCGAGUAGCAGCACAGGCCUGUGCCGUGGGUGCCAUCAUGCUAGGCGCUGUGUACACAAUGUACCGAGAUUACAGCAAGAGGACAGCGUCGGACGCUGGGGAGAAGUAGGACCACAGGACUCGGGCAGUCGGACCCCCAUGUCAAGCCCUGUGAACUCCUAAUAAAGCAGUCUUGAGGAAAAACAAGUCUCUUCUACAUGGGCAGAGAACAGAGAAAGGGGCCAGUGGUGGGGGCUGGUGACCCAGAGAAAAGGCUGGAAAUCAAAAUUUUCUGGCUCCCAACUCCAGGACAAGAAAGAUGCCCAAACAGCAGCAGUAGCCUGAAAAGGUACAGCAGGCCUCGGAGUCCGGCAACCCAACUGGCCUAUGCCACCUUGAGCCCCAUCCAGGGCAGCAUGUG